CCCAAAAAAGAAGAAAAUAAUAAUUUAUUAAAUACAUAUCAUUCCUCAUCUAUAAUUCCCAUUUAUUUAACCAUUUCCUAUUUCUUUCAUUUAUCACAUUCCACCCUUUGAUCUCCAAAUUCAUCUACCCAAAAACUGAAACCAAAUACAAAAAUCCCCCUCACAUCCAACCAACUUAACCACCUUCAAACCCAAUUAUCCUUCCCCACAAAUUCCCCUUUUCAUUUCUCAUUAGAUGCGCUGAUUUACCCUGCAUUUCCCGGCGCAUUUUCAGGCGUCAAUGUGGCGGCCGUGGGGUAAAUCAUUAUCGCCGAAAAUUUCCGACGCAUCUUCUUCUUCUUCUCGGCGCAAAGAUCAACCCGCCAUUUUCCGAUGUUCAUCUUUCAAAGACAUUGAAAAUCUAUGCAACAACCAAGACACCACCUAUUUUGACCUCAAUUCUCCUUCUUCCCCGUCAAAUACUACCCUUAAACGUCAACCUUCUGUUCCUAUAAACUCUCGCCGCUCCGUAUUCCACCGGGUCCGAACCGUAAACUCCCUCCUGCGUCAAUGGCCAACCAGAUCCGACCCACCCAAACUCGACCAAAUCCCCGACGAAAUAACAACCCCAAAAACACCGAAACCUCAAGAAGCCCGAAUUGUGGUUUACUACACAAGUCUCCGCGUAGUCCGACCCACAUUCGAAGCGUGUCGGGCAGUAAUGGCAAUACUCCAAGGGUUCCAAGUUGUAAUAGAUGAAAGAGAUUUAAUGAUGGAUUUAGGGUUCAUGUCGGAGCUCCGAGAACUCCUCGGGUUAAAACUAAGCGAACAGCUAACAUUGCCUAGGGUUUUCAUCGGUGGAAGAUAUGUUGGUGGGUCGGAGGAGAUAAUAAGACUCCAUGAAAAUGGAGAAUUGAAGAAACUUAUUUCUGGGUUACCUCCAAAGAAGCCGGGCACGUGCGACACGUGUGGUGGGUAUAGAUUUAUCCUCUGUGCCGAUUGUAGCGGUAGCCAUAAAAUAUACUCGGAAAAAAUAGGGUUUCGAUCUUGUUCUACGUGUAAUGAGAAUGGUUUGGUUAGAUGUCCUCAUUGUUCUGCGUUGUCUCCUACUCUGUGCCGACCGAUUUUAGCUCCCAUUAAUGGCGGCUGAUUUAAACCAGCUUUAUUUUCUUUUGUUUUUUAGAUUUAGAUUUAGUAUGUUUUAGGCCCAUGAAGAUGACCCAAAAUUAGGUGGGAGUUCUUUUUAUUAAUUUUUAAUAUUUGACAUUUUUGGUUUGGAUUGGGUUGUUUUUUGUUGUGUAAUGUAAGGAUGAAUAUGAUGACAUAAAUGGAUAAUGAGGUAAUUAGAAGAGCAA